AUGAGCAAGCGCAAGAGAUCACUUCCUGUUGGGAAGGAUUGCUACGCCGAAUGCUCUUUCACAAUCUCUUACGAAACUGAUCGCCAGAGAGGCCAGGGAAAGAAGAAGCGGAAGCCUGAUGAUCAAGAUAAGAACAGACAGGUUCAGUGCCAAACCUCGCCUUUUAACCCAAAGGGGAACGAAAACAAAUACUAUAAAGACGAUUUUGUGUAUGUUAGUAACGAGCUAUCAUUGGAAAGAAAAAAGGCUCAGGAGUAUGGCCUGCCUGUUUAUAAGGAGAAUAAAGAUGAGUGGGUGGCGCGCGUCCUUGACAUCCGCGCUUCUGAUGAGCAACACGUCUAUGCACGCGUCUGCUGGAUGUACUGGCCCGACGAACUGCCUGCGGGGACCCUUGACAGCAGGAAGAAAGUCCAAGGCCGUCAGGUGUACCAUGGCGUCAACGAACUGAUCGCUUCCAACCACAUGGAUAUAAUCAAUGUUGUCUGUGUUAAAGGACUCGCUACCGUCGAUCAAUGGAUUGAGUCCGAUACCAAGGAAGUCCCAAAAGGGCUUUAUUGGCGCCAAGCGUUCGACUGCCGUAACUCGCAACUUUCGUCUGUCGAACUCAUUUGCGAAUGCCAAGAGCCUGCAAGCCCUGAUAAAAUCGUGCUAGAAUGCACAAAUCCGCAGUGCGGAAAGUUUCUACAUGAGGAAUGUGUGUCUCACAAGAUUCUCAUGCAAGUUUAUGAGCGACUGGGCCUGGACAAGCCCAAUAUGAGCCAGUAUUUGGCUGGCAAGAAGCAGGAGCUCACAGCCACCCAUCCUCUCUCGCCUCCUAAUCCCGAGGAGAAAGAAACCCGGCCAACAAUUGAUGUCGGUUUCAACAAAACGUAUGAUGGCUUGCGCUGCAAGAAGGCUGCUCACGAAACCGAUUGUGAGGUAGGAAGUCUUGUGGGUGGGCGAACGCUUUUCGGAGGUGUCGCCACCGCUCUAGCAAAGCAACCUGCCAAGAAGGGCGAUAGGAAGGCGAGAAAGAUGGCUGCAUGCCUUAAACCAUACGAGGGACUUUUCAAGGCCACCCUCGAAAUGAAAGAUGGCCGCCCAACAGGAUGGAAAAUUCUCGACUUGCGCGAAAGCGUAAUAGGUGGCGUCAAGUCCUGGACUGAGGAUGUUCACUGUCUGCUUUGUGGUUCUGUUAUUAACUGA